UACCGAAAGUCUCGCCUCAUGAUCAUGAAUCCUGGCGAAGCAGAAGUCGACAAACAGGGCUUCUCGCGCACAAACCGCCACGAUUGCCGCCAAUAACCCAGGCCGACACAUGGUCGUCGUUUGGGAACCGUGCACUUGCUCAGAACCGGCCAAAAUAUAACGACAAGCACCCGAGGUCCCGAACUGCCCGCACCAGCGCCGGCCGCCUGAGCAUCUCUGCAGAGAUUGCUGUACCCUCUCUUUGGACCAUUGUCAGUCCAACACUAACCAACUCCACGUACACUGCUAGCGGCGCCUGCCAUGUGCAAAGACGAGCCAUCAGGAAGCACCGCAGGUGACGGCGUGGCCUCGACACGCGCCCAUCUCUCGAGUGCGAGCGGAUGGAGCUCGAGACUACCUUCACCAGAUCCUAUCAUUUCGGACCCAUCCUUGACACCCGGCCGGCGUAUCCCCCGAAGUCCUCUUGCUCCUCUGUCCCACGGUGAGAGUUUGAUGGACAUGCAAAUCCCUCAGCCGUCGGGGUCACUUCAGCUUGGCAGGAAACGGGACAUUGAUGAGGUAUUCGACGAUAGUACGCCGCCGUCGCCCGAUAAGCUACAACACGAGCUCGAUCAGCAGCAUCAUGAGGCCAGGGAGGCCAUGAAUGCAAGUCGCAGGUUGACGACGAAUACAUCGGCGCCUCUUGACACCCAACCGCAAUUCCAGUGGCCAGACAGCAAGCGGCGCAAGACACUCGCCUACCGAGUCAAGCCUCCUAUUCGCAGUGCUAGCCCUCACUCCGGGCGUGGCUCCGAGCAUGGCCACGAGGAUGACAGCGGCCGCCAGAACACGGUCGAACGACAAGCCAGCCACGAAUCAAACCCUCCAAGAAACGGUUGAGAAGCGGGCGUUUGGUGCCGCCACCAUUGAAGCAUCAACCUGUCCCAUGAUGCCAUCCAUGCAGGAACAGGACGACCUACCGCCCAACGUCCACCGGCAACGCAGCAUCGCCCCUCUCUUACCAGAGUCUAGUAUCCGUAGGGCCUCUCGAUAGACCUAGGACCCCAGUACCUCGCGUGGCUCGGAUACCUGUCGUUCUAUCCGUACAGUACAGAGUAUUCUACUCAUGGGUUUCAGCUGACGGCGCCAUG